ACACAGAAACAUUGCACCAUCGGCCCUGCCUCUGCCUCUGCUACAUAAGUUGGUGAGAUUUCUCUCCUGUGAAGUACAGCAGCUGGACUGACAGGAUUGUCCCCUGGAAUGAUGUGCAGAGUGCUCUGGGUAAUGGUGCUGUCGCUCUGUGUUGCUCUGGGAAUGAUGACAAACCCAAAGAUUAUUCUCAGUCCGAGUCGAAUCAUGGUCGCAGUGGGCAGCUCAGUGCAGUUACAAUGUGCCAUUGUCAAUGGCAGUGUGCAACACCUUGGUGUAACGUGGAAUAUGGUGACAUCAGCUUCCAGCCCUGAGAUCCUGACACAUUCCCAAUCGGAUGGGGUUACCAAAGGUCACAGCAACAAUAAGAAAUUCCAAUCUUUCAGAGAUCUCAAACAUAGCAGCUACAUUCUCACCAUCAAAGACAUAGAGACCAGCGACAAUAGACAGUAUUAUUGUGACAUUGUUGGAAAGAACAUGUCCAAAAGCAGCCAGAGGAUUGCUGUAUCUGUACAAGGAAUGAUGACAAACCCAAAGAUUAUUCUCAGUCCGAGUCGAAUCAUGGUCGCAGUGGGCAGCUCAGUGCAGUUACAAUGUGCCAUUGUCAAUGGCAGUGUGCAACACCUUGGUGUAACGUGGAAUAUGGUGACAUCAGCUUCCAGCCCUGAGAUCCUGACACAUUCCCAAUCGGAUGGGGUUACCAAAGGUCACAGCAACAAUAAGAAAUUCCAAUCUUUCAGAGAUCUCAAACAUAGCAGCUACAUUCUCACCAUCAAAGACAUAGAGACCAGCGACAAUAGACAGUAUUAUUGUGACAUUGUUGGAAAGAACAUGUCCAAAAGCAGCCAGAGGAUUGCUGUAUCUGUACAAGGUAAAAGCUUUCCUGUGCUCACUCAGACACCGAUACUGAAUGUCACAGUGAGUCAAACCGCCCAGUUACACUGCUCUGUGCAGAAUAUCGAUUUGGGGGAGAGUGAUGUGCACUGGUACCGACGCAGCCUGGCAGGUUAUCAAUGGAUUGUGAUGCACCGUGUGAGUGGAAAUGUGUUAGUGAAUAAAAAUUUUCAGGGCCAUUUUAAUUCUACCAGAAAUAACUCCGGUCUUGUUGCUACACUAAUAAUCACAAACAUUCAACCUGAAGAUGCAACUGUGUAUUACUGUAACGUGUGGUCCAAUGUGUACGGGACUGGGACCCAGCUGAAUAUCAUCACUUUUGCAGAGGCGGAGAUUCCAGAUUUACUCCUGAUUUUUCUGGGCCGUCUCUUGGUUCUCCUGCUGUUUCUCAUCGUCGCUGUCAUCGUCUUGCUCAAUGUAAACCAAAAGGCAUGUUUCACAAGCAAAUAAAGAUGGAGCAGGAGGAUGAUGGGCAGGUGCAUUACGCUGAACUCCAACUCCGACAGGUCACCCAGCGCCCACCCAGAACACAGACAGUGACUGACCCAGACUCGGAGUACGCGACUGUCAAACACACAUAGUCUCCUGGAUGUAUCCAUCACUGUAGCUGCAGGCAACUGACUCUCGGGAUCCUUACCUCCCCAAUUACUGAGCAACAUCCAACCCAGACUCUAUAAAAUCUGGGAUUACUGGGCACUCUGACCCUCCCAGACCCUGGGAUUACUGGGCACUCUGACCCUCCCUGACCCUGGGAUUACUGGGCACUCUGACCCUCCCUGACCCUGAGAUUACUGGGCACUCUGACCCUCCCAGACCCUGGGAUUACUGGGCACUCUGACCCUCCCAGACCCUGGGAUUACUGGGCACUCUGACCCUCCCAGACCCUGGGAUUACUUGGCACUCUGACCCUCCCUGACCCUGACAUCACUCUGACCGUCCCUGACCCCGGGAUGAUUGGAUUGUCCGAUGAGGAGAGAUUGUGGAGACUGGGUCAUUAUUCUCUUGUGUUUGAGAGACUGAGGUAAUCUCCAUGAAAUCUCUCCGUUCUCACAGGGAUUGAUGGGGCAGAUGUGGAUCCAAUGUUACUCCCGUUGGGAUCUCCAACCAGGCAGCUCAGUCCCAGGGUUCGGGGGCAGCUGAUUUCAAUCUAAGAUGAGGAGGAAUUUCUUCAUCCAGGGUGGAGGGAGAUGAAUCUUUGGAAUUCUGUUUCUCACAGGCUGUGGAAGCUCAAUCUUUGAGGAACUUCCGGACUGAAAUUGUUAGUUUUCUCAUUAUUAAUGGAUCUCCGGGAUUGUGAAGGUGUAUGGUGCUGAGGUGCAGGGUCUGCCAUGAUUAUAUACUGAACAUAUCAACAUCUCUCAGCAACUGACUGCAUCGCUCCCACAACCUGCCCUUCCACCUAUUUUCGUGAUUUGGAAAUGUUUCUCUCGUUCAUUCGUUUCCUUUCUCUUGGCCAUUAAUGUACGUUGUGAAUAGCUGUGGUCCCAGCAUUGAUUCCUGUGGAACCCACUGGUCAUGGAGCACUAUCCUGUAAAAGAGACCCUCACCCCCUCUCACCAUUUCCUGCCCAGGAGGCUAAUGGCCAGUGUGCUGCCUGUGAACCACAAUAACAUCCUCCAGCUCCCACCUCGUGCAGUUCCAAUCCCGCUCCGAGCUCCCCCUCUCUGUGUUAAUGUCUUUGUUCUGAAUUUGGUUCAUUUUAACAAUUUUCUUCCUGUUUUUUCAGUUUGUAAUUGGUUAAUAGUUCCGCUAUUUACUCUCUAUCUGAAAGUAACUGAGACAAAUUGUGACGGGUUUUCUCGCUGAUGCUGAUGUUGUGGGAUUUGGAACUAUUUCAUUAAA